AUGGAAACGGUUAAAAAGAAGAAGAAACAGAUAAGGCUUAUUAAGUUUGGGCCAAAAUGUGGGCUAGUGGUGAGAAACAAUAAAAAACGGCCCAUUAGCAAGAAGGGGCCAGAUGUCGUAGAGAUUUCUUCCAGCGACAACAUUUCAAACUCUACACCCAAUUCUCUUCACUCGGUAGGAAGCUUGGCUAACGUUGGGCAGAAAGCAACAUUCGAUGUGCACUAUGGCGAACAAUCGAUGGAUUCUGACAUUAUUCGUUGCAACAACCGGAUCCUGAAAAACCUUAUGGAUGAUGGAGGGAGGAUUUGGAGGGAAGUAGCAAACCUGGGCGUUGUUUCAUCUGAACCUCAAGCAAUGGUGAGAAGAAGAAUUAGAGACUUGGAGUGCGCUAACAAGGAAGAAAAGAGAUUGUUGUGGAAAUGUUUGCUGGAGUUGAAAUCGAAAUUCACCGAUGGGGAGUGGGUGAUAGGGGGCAAUUUUAACGCAGUCAAAAACAAUAGGGAAAGAGUGGAAAGUUCAUCAUAUGUGAACUCAAGAGAGUGGAGGGAGUUUGCUGCUUUCAUUGAAGAAACGAACCAUGUAGAUGUUCCUUGCAAGGGCAAAAGAUAUAGCUGGUUUUGUGGUGUUGGUCGCUCUAAAAGCAGAUUUGACCGCUUCUUGAUUUCGGAUAACAUCAUUAAUAGAUGGGGAGUGAUGGGGCAGCGUAUAGAAGAGAGAGGCGCGUUGGAUCAUUGUCCCGUGUGGUUGGUUGUUGACACGAAGAACUGGGGACCUAAACCAUUCAAAUUCAAUAAUGAAUGGUUUAGGAACAAGGAUUUUCUACGUUACGUGGAGGAGGAAUCGGCUGCCAUUCAGGUCUCGGGGAGGGGGGAUUUUGUUUUAAAGGAAAAACUGCGCUUGCUGAAACCUAGACUUAGAUGGUGGAAUACAAACGUAUUCGGAAGUUUUGAUCUUGAUAUUGAUAACGAAGUCAAAAACAUUAAUAAGGUGGACGAUCUCAAUAAUGUAAGGGAAGGCGAUUUGGAAGAUCUUAGAAGAGGAACUAGUAGGUUUUGGAUAAAUUUUAAAAUUAAGGAGAAUAUGCUCAUACAAAGAUCACGCAUAAGGUGGCUCAUCAACGGGGAUACCAACAAUAGGUUCUUUCAUAGAGUUAUGAAACAUAGACUUAGAAAAACUCAUAUCGGAGGCGUGGUCUCUAAUGGUACUAUGGUGGAGUCGGUAGAGGAGGUCAAUAAGGAGGUUUAUAAUCACUUUGCUAAUAAGUUUGUUGAAGAGGUUCCUAACAUGCCUAUUUUGAAUGGGGCUGUUCUCAAGAGCAUAGAUAGAGAGGAGAGUGAUUACAUAGAGUCUCCUUUCACGGAGGAAGAGGUGAAGGAGGUAAUAUGGAAUUGUGAUGGCUCGAAAUCUCCAAGACCCGACGGUUAUUCCAUUCUUUUUGUUAAGAAGUGCUGGCCUUUCAUUAAAAAAGAUAUUAUGUCAUGUUUUAGAGACUUCCACAAUGGGGCUGUUUUAUCCAAAUCGAUUACGUCAACUUUCUUGGCUCUUAUACGAAAGAAAGAUAACCCUCUGGACCUAGACGACUAUAGACUGAUUUGUUUGGUAGGAAGCAUUUACAAAAUUAUCUUGAAGGUGUUGGCGGGUAGAAUGAAGUGUAUUUUCAAGCUUCUCCAAAAUUACUUGAAGACUUAA